CUGGACUCAUAUAAAGAGUAAUAGCAAGGCUGGACCUGAAGCGUGUCACAGUGCAUGAUAUCUGAUGUCCUGAAAAUGACAACGGACAAGAUUGUGUUUUUUGAGGACAGGAACUUCCAGGGAAGGUCCUAUGAAUGCAAGGGAGACUCUAAUGACCUGCAUUCUUUUCUUAACCGUUGCAAUUCUGUAAGGGUUGAUGGAGGAUGGUGGGUCCUUUACGAGCGGCCAAACUUUAUGGGUUAUCAGUAUGUCCUAGCACCUGGAGAGUACCCAGACUACCAGCGCUGGAUGGGCUUCAAUGACUGUGUCAGAUCUUGCCGUCUAAUCAGAAAUAUCAAUGGGCCCUACAAACUGAAACUGUUCCAGAGACCCAACUUCGAAGGUCAGUCAUGGGAGGUGACAGAAAAUGCCCCCUCUGUUCAAGAACGCCUCCACAGCAAGGAGUUCCACUCCUGCAAGGUGCCUGAGGGUACCUGGGUAUUCUUUGAGCAUCCAAACUACCGUGGGCGACAGUACCUGCUGGAGAAAGGAGAGUACAGGCGCUACACUGAUUGGGGAGCCCUGCAUCCAGCCGUGGGUUCUAUCCGUCGGGUUAAGUGGGAGUACUGAACCCAUAUGAGGAGCUCUGUUCUGACCAAACAAGGGCAGAAAAUAAAAUGUGCAAACUAA